AAGGUAGAUUGUGAGGUCAAGAGUCCAUCCUUGCUGUCUUCCUAUCUCAUUGACAGUAUCUUGGGGCGCAGUAGCCGGCCCGUCAAACGGGAAGAUGCUCCCUCACCUGGUGCCAGAAACCUCCAGGGCGAAAUGGCUCCGGGUCGAACACAGAAUGGGAGCAAAACAUGUCAAAUCGAGGAAAUUGCGGGUCAUUCGGCAGGCUCAAGGAAGCAGGAACUCGGCUGGGUUCAACUCAUAGGCUCGGAACGAGGAGGGGACGGGGGAGACGAACUUCCUUCGAACGAAGCGAGAAGCGACCCCAGCCCAGUGCCGACACCGGGGGAGAGACGAGGCGAACUGAAGCCUUUGCCACAGGUGGAAAACGCUUUGCCUUCGGUGCUGGGAGAGCGGGGUGCAAAGUGCUGUGGGGAGAGAGAGGGUCGGUCGCUGGAAGUGGGGGGAGGUGAGGACAAGACGAACACCAGCCUUCAGUUCUUCCCUUGCGUUGGUGAGCAGGAAGAUGGCUCGUUCAAACGGAAGCAGCGUCGCUACAGAACCACGUUCACCAACUUUCAGCUGGAGGAAUUGGAAAGGGCUUUCCGGAAAACCCACUACCCCGACGUCUUCACAAGGGAAGACUUGGCAAUGCGACUGGAUUUAACCGAAGCACGGGUCCAGGUCUGGUUCCAAAACCGCAGAGCCAAGUGGAGGAAGCGUGAGAAGGCAGGAAGCCUCAGUCAUCCGCACGGGUUGUCCCUGGCUAGCCCACUGGGGCUCUACCUGGAUGUGCCGUUGGCCCAGUCCGCUGGGAUGGAUUCGAGCUGGAGGUCAUCGUCUCUCCCGGCUCUCUCUGCCGCGACAGGUGCCAACGCCUACAGCUCUGCGGCCCAGCUGGGAAUUAGCACCUUUAUCGGGACCACGUUCUUCAGACACCCGUUACUCAACCCACACUUUGGAAGAUUCUUCACGACUAUGAACCCUCUCAUGGCGACCUCCCUGAUUGUGAAGCCCUCUGUCUCCGCAGUGGACCCCAAUGUCUUUCCACCUCACUCGCACUCGACGGCCAUGGACAGAAAGUCCAAUAGCAUCGCCAGUCUAAGACUGAAAGCGAAAGAACACGCUAAACACAGUCCCCCCAUCGGUUUGCUCCCUAAUCUGACAAACACAGGCAAACAGAACAACAGUCAGUUCUCCAGAGCCCAGAAACCCAGUGGUAUCACCUCCGUUCAGGUGGCUGAGUGA